CCGGUGGGCUGGUGGUGCUGGCCAAGGGGGUGUGGGGAAGGCCAUGGCCCCCGGCUGUCGCGAAAACCCCGUCCAGGGCCCGGGCCUCCUCACGUGCCAGGAGGCCCCGCCUUGUCAGGCUGUCUGGCUCUGGCUGUCUUCCUUCCCCCGCCCCAGGGAGAAGAGCUCCGGGUCGGGCCGGAACGUGAAUGGAGGGUCCCCACUGUUUAGGCUGGGGAGUUGAGUUUCCGACUGUCAUCAUCUAGUCCUUUCCAAAACACUGGUGCUUCCUUUAUGCUGGCCAAGGGGGGAAUCCGAGGGAAGAAGGAGAAGGGGCCAACCCCUGAAGAGGCAAUACAGAAACUGAAGGAGACAGAGAAGAUAUUGAUCAAGAAACAAGAGUUUCUGGAGCAGAAGAUUCAACAGGAGCUACAAAUGGCCAAGAAGCAUGGGACCAAGAAUAAGAGAGCUGCCCUACAGGCUUUGCGGAGGAAGAAAAGAUUCGAACAGCAGUUGGCACAAACCGAUGGGACAUUAUCUACCCUGGAGUUUCAGCGUGAGGCCAUUGAGAAUGCCACCACCAAUGCAGAAGUGCUUCGGACCAUGGAGCUUGCUGCCCAAGGCAUGAAGAAGGCCUACCAGGACAUGGACAUUGACAAGGUGGAUGAACUGAUGGCCGACAUUACAGAACAACAGGAGGUGGCCCAGCAGAUCUCAGAUGCCAUUUCUCGGCCUGUGGGCUUUGACGUGGAUGAGGAUGAACUGUUGGAGGAGCUAGAGAAGCUGGAGCAGGAGGAAUUGGCCCGGGAGUUGUUACAUGUAGGCGACAAGGAGGAAGAACCCCCCAUCAAACUGCCCAGUGUACCUUCCACACAUCUACCUGAAGAGCCAGCUCCCAAAGCGGAUGAAGAUGAAGAAGCACUAAAGCAGUUGGCUGAGUGGGUGUCCUGAUGUGUCUGGGCUUGUUUUCCUGGCGCUGACUUCAUUGGUCUCUUUUCCUUAAGUGCCAAGUGCUAAGCUAAAGGAACGUAGCCUUUUGGGGGGGUCCUGCUGAUGGUGAUAGUGACCCUGCCUGAAAAAGGGUUGUUGCCCUCCCCUCCCUGGCUCAACUCUGAAAGAGAAUAUUGGUGCAAGAGGAGCCCCUUGGCUUCCUUCUCUUUGAUAACAGUUACAGUGCCCUUGUUCCCAAUAAAAUCAGGCAGAUGGAACCCUAGUGUUUCUACUGCCUCAUCUACACCUGAAA